AUGGAGAACGGAAACGGGGGGCACCAGCACAACUUUCUUGUGAAGUGUGAGGAGGCCUCAAAUUUGGUUAACAAUUUUUUGAACGACACUUUACCACUGGGAUUAGUACCCGAAAGGCGAAAAGAUUACAUAUAUGACGAAGUUAGAAGACAGAAGGUCAAGGAAAAGAUACAUAAGAGCUUGCAGGUAUUUGAUAAGGCGAUUGAAAUUCAUGGGCUUGAAGAAAUUGCAAUUUCGUAUAAUGGAGGAAAGGAUUGUUUGGUUAUGCUUAUCUUAUUAAUGGCAUCUAUCCACAAGAAGUUUACCAUCGCACCAACGAAAGAUUCAUCGUUGAAAGUUUUGCCAACAAAUUAUAAGCUUGAUUCAAUCUACAUCAAUUCUGAAUUACCCUUUCCGAACCUUUCGGAUUUCAUAAAAAGUUCAACUGCAUACUAUCACUUAAAUCCUAUCAUAAUACAAAGUUCAUUAAAGGAGGGGUUCGAAAAAUAUUUAAAUGAAAUUAACCCAAAAGUCAAGUCAAUAUUUGUUGGAAUUCGUUACUCGGAUCCUUAUGGUUCAAGUUUAGAUUACGAGCAAGUAACUGAUCAUGACUGGCCGGGUUUCUUGAGAAUUCAUCCUAUUUUGCAUUGGAAAUAUGAGGAUAUCUGGGAUUUCUUAAUUGGAUGUGAUUUGGACUAUUGUGAGAUGUACGACUUAGGCUAUACCAGUCUAGGUGGUAUCAAUACUACAACCCCCAACCCCUAUUUAAAAAUAGAAGGUGAUGAGGUCAAAUAUUCUCCAGCUUAUAUGUUGAGAAAGAAUGCAGAUGAAAGAGAAAGAUCGGGCAGAAUAUCUAACCGUACAUAA